GCAUGGCGUCGAAAGACAAGUUCGAAGAUUUGGAUCUUUCUCAAGACGAAAUAAAACGUCUUGGGGAAGCUCUGAAAGAUGAAAAAUUCCGCAAGUUGUUCGUGGAAUAUGCACAGGAAAUAUCUGACCCAGAGAACAAGAAACGUUAUGAAGAAGAAAUUGCACAGUUGGAAAAUGAACGUGGUAUGGAUGUCUCCUUCAUUCAUCCUGAACCUGGCUACGUGAUAAAAACAAGUGUGAAUGGGGAUACAAAAAUGUUUAUUAACAUCUGCAAAAACAGUAAGAUCGGAAAGCCUACAGCUACCAGGAAAGAAGGUCCUGAUGGUCGAUCAGGUGUUCAGUGGUCAAUCCCGCAUUCGUUUGCACCCGCCCGAGACGACGUAGAUAAGACCGGUAAUAAAUGCCGGGUUGUUGAUGUGGUUUUUCACCCUGAUACUUACCGCAUGGCAGAAACGAACGAUCGCUUCAGGAAACUUGUGGAUGACACGGCUUUAGAUGGUAUUGAAAGUCAGUAUGGACUUAAACUAGAUCGCAAAAACAUCAAAACACCGAAAAUGACGUAUAAAGGGAUGCCGACUGCGACAGUGAUUCGAUCCAAGAUACCAGAUAAGGAGGGGAAGUCCAAGAAAUCCGGUUCAAGUGUGAUGGAUAAUUUUCCCUAUCCUUAUGGUAGCAAGACUAGCGAAGAACUGGCAAAAGAAAAAGCUCAAGAGGUGAAGAAAAAGGCUGAAAUGAAGAAAAAGGAGGAAAAGUCACAAAUGAAACGUACUGUGGAAGCUAACAGCCCAACAGAGCCAAAGUAUUCGAUUACUCACCGGUCUGAGAUGGAUAUGCAAGAGUACAGGAACGCCCCAGACUCUCGCCCGAGCACUAGGCCUAAAGAGCUCGUAGUGGCAAUAGAUCUACCCUUGUUAAGUAGUGCAGCAUCUGUGGGGCUGGACAUAUUUGAGAAGAAACUGGUGUUGGAAUCUGUCAAGCCAGCAGCUUAUAAAUUAGACUUGAAUCUUCCAUUCCCUGUUGAUGAUACUCGAGGCUCAGCCAAAUUUGACAAGGCUAAACAUCGCUUGACUGUUACUUUGCCUGUCAUCCCUGCAGAGGUACCGGAUCUGCCAACCUUCAUAAACAAAGAUGAGGUGGAAGUUUGUGAGCCAACAAUGCAGAUUAAUGGUCAUGAGAAUGGGGACAGUAAGCCAUUGAUAGAAGUCCUUUCCUCCAAUACCUUGAGUACAGAGACCACACCCAUUAUUAGCGAGACCAUGCCAGAUAAUUCACAGAUCACGCCCACAAAUACAGGAACUCAAAAUCACAAUGAUAACAAUCAGCUAUCUCUUCCUGAAGACAACAAAAAUAUCUGGGCUGAAGAAAUGAUUUCUAAUGCAAACCGACACAUUGCUUUUCGACUGCCAGUGUUCAGUCACAGACAGGACAAUGAGACAGUGUCAUUUGUCCUGGAUGUUAAGAAUGUGACUUUUGAUUCUGUCACGAAACUCUUCCCUUCUCCGACAACAUUUCAGCUACGUUUUGCCUCAGUUGGUUCUGGGUGCUUUCCCAUGUACUACAGCAUCUACCUGAGAUUCCCAGAUGACUGUGAGGUUUGCCCGGACCACUGUAGUAUCGAUGUGGGCGAGAAAAACCUGGUCAUUCUCAUUCUGAAAUCUCGUAACUCCCGUGGCCUGUGGCAGAAAUUCUGGGUAGGGGAAGAUGAAAAUCACUUAGCGGAGAAACUCUUUGCAACUGAAGACAAUCUCGAGCUAGAGUUGUGUCAGCUGGAAAGGGAAGCUUUGGCCAAUGAGAAGAUGGUGCAGACUCAAGAUGACAACGAGGUGCCCAAGGUCAAAGUGACUGAAAUGAGCGAGAAAGCCCUCAAAAUUAACCUCAGUCUGGGGAAGAAGGGGAAAGUGGUGGUGCCCCCAGAGGAGUGUAAUGAGGAUGAAAACCAGCCUAGACCCGACAUUGAGGUUAUCUGUGAGCGACAGAGCCGGCACCUCCAUGGCAUCCUGAAACAGCGCAGCCGCUCGCACUCCGAGUCCUCGGAUGACGUCUCCUCAGCCAGCGUAUACAGCAGGGAGAACAGCACCAGCUCCGGCAGCCACAUGUCUGAGAGCCCAAUCUCUGAAUCAGAGGAAGCCGAUGGUUCGCUUGAGGGACGGCUUAAAAAGUCUGUCUCCUUCAGCGACCAUGUGGAUAAGGCAACAUUUAAGCCAGGUGCCACAGUGAGCAGUAUGACCACUGUACUGAAGAGCAAGCGCAGACGCAACCGUAAGAGGGAAGAGAAGAAACGCCGGCGACACAACAGCACCGGGUCCGAGUACAGCAGCAGUGAUGAACACCCCCAUCACCAUGACUGUGACACAGGGGAUGAGCCGCAAAGGAAAAAUGAAGAUAAAGGCAAAGGAUCUUCAAACAAGGCUGAGGAGUCGACCAAGCAGAAAUCAGGUGCUGCAGAGAAAACAGGCAAGGUGGAUGAUAAAGUAGCCUCCCUUGAUGAGGCUUACAGGACUAGUGAGAUAAAUGUGGAACCAUCAGCUCAGUGCGAUUCCAGUGUUGGAGUAGAGCAGGGUGUAUCCUCUGAGAGUGUGUCUACAGAGGGAUGCCCUGAGGGGAAGAGGGAGGGUAGCGAUGCCAAGUCCCUUGGCGCGCCUGCUCCAGCAUCCUCACCCACCAGGACUAAGCCUGAAGCAGUCUCCAAACAGGCCCAAAGCUGUGAUAUUAACGGAAGAGGAGAUACCGCUCCUGACCCUCAGCCCAAAGCUGGAGGGGAUUCCACGGAGGUCGAGUCCAUGCUAAGCUGGAAGGAGAGGGAAGGUUCUCAUUCCCAGCAACACAAGACCCAGUGUGCCUUCAACUUCAGCAAUUCUGUGAUGUUUGAUCUCGAUGUUGACUAGCCAGUGUCUUUGUCAUUUAUGCGGAUACAAGAUGGCGACCUACAAUAUCCUACAUUGUCAUUAAAUACAGAAAAAAUGAAAAAUUACAUUUGUUAAAAGUGCACGUGGAAUUAUUCCUUUGUCAUGAGAAAAAGAAAUGAUUUGCCCGAUAAAGACAUGUACAUUUAAUAAUUGCAAAGGCUUGUUUCAGUAGGAGUUCCACAGUAACUUAAAUAUACAGAUUUAUACAAGUGGUAACUGGAAAAAAAAACCAUUAAUUAUACAUAGCUUGUAUUUGGAAACUCUCUCUUGACAUUUAUGUACAAGAAAUGAAAAAAAAAAAAAACAUAAUGGAUACUUUUAAAGGACUUAAUGAUAUAAACAAUGUGAAUGUGCCCAGAGAGAUAAAGUGUGGGUCAUCAAUUACUUCUCAUCACAAAGUUUUCGUCAUUUGACAAGUUUUAAUUUACAUUUGUUGCACACUCACUUUUGUGAGCGUGCAACAGUGAGGAUUUGAAAAUUCAUGAAUGAACGCACAAAAGGAAUAUUUUUCAGAUUGUACAUUUCUGUAAUCACACCCAAGGGGUGAAGAUACAGUUCUACUGUUGUCCUGUUGAGACCUUACCAAGAAGUAUUACUGAAUUAUUUCUUCUGUUAUACACUGUCAACAAAUCCAGCUCCAAGAAAAUUUUGUCUUCUAAGAAAUAUAAAUUGAAAUCAUAUAUUCAAAAAAAAAAAAAAAUGUCAUGUAAGUAUUAAAAUUUUAUACAGAUCUUGAUAUAUUGAUAUUCAGGAUUAUUGGCCAGACUGGUGCAUCUGAAGGUUAUGUUGCAGAUUUUCGUAAAAGUACUUAAACUUGCGUCUUAUUUGUAGAUGUAAGAUUUUAGUGUGUAAGAUUAAGUUGUCGUGGUCAAAUAUUGCAGGCAUGUCUUUACUGUCAUCUUAUCAUGCCAUAUACUCCAUUUGACAUUUUCUGAUGUUUUACCUGAAUGGUUUUGAGAUACUGUCUGUGCUUAAUGAACUUUGACUACACCAAGCAGCCAUGGGAAUCUUUGCCUGGAAUACAUUUUCAUAUCAUAUGUACUUGAACAUAUGAUCAAGAAUGUUGUACCUGAGAUGCAAACAAUGUGUUGUGUGUCGUUUAAUUUGUUUGGGUUUACAUACAAUACAGCAUGCUACUUAGUGCAUGGUUACGGCUUAUAUAAUCCUUACAGUAUCCUGCUAUUACUGAUGUUUUUGUUUUCAUACUUAUACAUGUACAUUGCGAUUUCAUUUGUAUCCAGAAUUCCAUGUUGAGUUUGUAUUCGUUCACUAGGGUUCCUUGGAAGCAGAAAGGGAAAGUGAAAGUGGUGUACAAUAAAUUUACACUUUAUUUACUGUUAGUGUGUGUGUUGUAAAACCUGAUGUUUUGGUAUUAAGACGAGCUUCUGGCAUGUCAGUCAUCGUUGACAACUGAGAAAGAGUACUUUUGUGAAGAUGAAUAUGAUAAUAUUACUAAGGGAUAGUGCAGUGGGAACGUGUAAAGUGAGCAGAAAAAUGUAUGAAUGUGAAGUUGAAACUGCCCGAUGUACGGAAAUUUACGAUAUGUACACUAAAAAAAAAAUAAUAAAAAAAAGUAUCAAAAUAAAUAAAUGAAAAAUA